AAUUACUAGUGUCAAGUAUAGCUACCCGUUAUUAAUCUAGAGGAAGUGCCUAGGAUCUGUGGGAGCCAUGGCGGACAAUGAGGUUGAGCAAGUUGCGGAGGGUGUUAAGGAGCUGGAAGUCAACGAUGACCUUGAACUAACUUUGGACCUGGGCAAGAAGAAGAAAAAGAAGAAGAAGGAGUUAGUGCUCGAUCUGGAUGACGCUGAGGCGGCAGCAGCGCCAGCAGCUCCUGCUGCGGAAGCCGACGAUGGUAUGGAAAUGUCCCUGGACCUGGACCUGAGCAAGAAGAAGAAAAAGAAAAAGAAGAACCGCCAAGAGGAGGCUGACUUUGAGGAGGGUGAGGAGGGCGCUGUGGGACCCGCGGACGACGGCCAGGAGAAGUCCGUCGGCAAGUUCCCUUGGUCGGGUUCAGACCGCGAAUACGACUACGAGGAGCUGCUUGAGCGUGUAUUCGGUAUUCUGCGCGAGAGGAACCCGGAGCUCACAGGCGAGCGCCGCCGCACGGUGCUUAAGCCGCCCCAAGUCGCCCGUGAAGGCACCAAGAAGACGGUCUUCACGAAUUUCAUGGACCUGUGCAAAGCUAUGAACAGGCAGCAUGAACACGUGUCGCAGUACCUUCUCGCUGAGUUGGGCACGAGUGGCAACCUGGACGGGCAGCAGCGGCUGAUUGUCAAGGGCCGUUUCCUGCCCAAGUCGUUCGAGACGGUGCUUCGUCGCUACGUCAACGAGUACGUGCUCUGCCCUGGCUGCAAGAGCGUAGACACGCUCCUAGAUAAAGAUAGCGCUACGCGUCUCAUGCAUCUCCGCUGCCAGCAGUGCGGCGCUUCGAGGACCGUGCAAGCAAUCAAGGCGGGUUUCGUGGCGCGCGUUACGAAGCGUGUGGCGGACGCAAAGUAAGCCUAGCGAUUGCGUCAAGGCUGCUUUGUGCGCCAAGCAGGAGGGGUUAAAGCUGUGUAGUUAAUGGAUUCCCCUAUGCAUGUCCCGAUUGCUUUGACCUGGGAUAUGCCAGCGUGGGACCACCAUUGCUGUUCUUCCGACACCAGAUGAUUUGUUUUGACAAGCGCCAGGUGCGGCAUGUCACCUAUAUGCGUAGCCUAUUUGUCUGCAAGUUUGGACGGAUUGGCGUUUCCUUGGGCGUUGUUUCCUUGGAACCGUGGGCCAAUGAGUUGCGCAUGCCUUACGUACGCCUGGGCGGUCAUAGCUAGCUGUAGAAGCUUUUCGUGCUUGCGCCGCUUGGCUGGCAAAAGGUGCAGCAGGUUCUGUGGGAAAGUCGUUGUGUGUGCGGCGGUGGGGACCUUUUGUUGUGUGUCAUUCAGCGUAAUGGACGGGAGGAUAGACUGUUAUGUAAUGAGGAAUGUGGCCGGCAAUCCACGUUCGCGGUUGAAACAAUUGCACGGGUUCGGAUUCGGCAUCAAUGGAAGAUGUGAACGCAAUGCAAAGUGGUCAUAGCGUGGCCUGACCAACCGCUUCCCUGAACUGUUAGAGUGUCUGCUGUGGGUUUCGAGAAUAGUUUGCAACCAUUACCGUUCCAUUAUCGCUUAACAUGGUCGCGUGAGGUCUGAUUACUAUGUAACCAGCCCAGGGAU